AUGGUUGGCUGGGUGGACCUGGGUGGAUCGUACGUGGGCCCCACGCAGAACCACAUCCUGCGUCUCGCCAACGAACUGCAAGUGGACACGUAUAAGAUAUUCGACGACCUCAAGUUGCUGCACUUCAGCGAGGGCAAGGCGUACCCGUACGAAACCACGUGGGCCCACUUCGGCCUCAACGACCCCCUUGCAUGGUUCGACAUCAACUACGUCAUGCGCAGGAUGGACAUUAUGAUGGAGCAGGUUCCCGCUGUAGAUCCGUGGAACUGUCCCCACGCGGAGGAGUGGGAUGCUAUGACGCUGCAGAGCUUCUUCGAGAAGGAGUCGUGGACGAACGCGAUCGCAGACAAGGCACUUCUCGCGAUUUUCUUCAUCAGUGGUAGGGUUGAGUUCAACGCCCAAGCAUGCGCCCUUCAGCAAGACGAGAAUGGCGUCGUCGUGGGUGUGAUCGACGGCAGGGAGUUCCAGGCUGAUUACGUCAUAAUGGCAAUCCCGCCGCCCCUACAGCUGAAAAUUCAUUACGAGCCUCCGCUGUCGCCACUGCGAAACCAGCUCAUACAACGUACGCCAGUUGGCUCGGCGUUCAAGAUGAACAUUUAUUACCCCAAGCCCUUCUGGAGGGAAGCAGGUUAUGGUGGAAUAGCAUCCUGUGCCGACGACAGCCUAGCUUUCAACAUUACCACAGACGACUGCAGACCUGGAUUAUCCCUGGCGGCCCUCACAAUAUUUGCCAUUGGUGACAAAGCCUUGAGGCUGCAGGAACUGCCGAAACAGGUCAGGCCCAAAGUCAUCGCUGCAGAUUUGGCGAGGGCCUUCGAACACGAAGCAGCCUACAACCCUGUACACUUCGAAGAGAAGAACUGGCUCGAGGAACAGUACUCGGGCGGUUGCUACGUGUCCACUUUCCCGACAGGGGUCAUGAGCAAGUACGGAAAGACCCUGCGGGAACCGUUCGGCCGAGUGUACUUCGCGGGCACGGAGACGGCAACGGCGUGGCCUGGCUACAUGAACGGUGCUGUGCAGGCUGGCGAGAGGGCUGCCAGGGAGGUCCUAUGUGCGAUGAAGAUUCUACGGAAAGAUGAAAUCUGGGAGGAAGAACCAGAAUUUAAGGGUGUGAAGGCGCGGCCAUUCGAGAUGUCCUUCUUGGAGCGGCAUCCCCCUCAUGUGCUGCUUGUCGGGGCAACGGGAGCCGUCGCCGAUCAAGCGUUGCUUGUGUGGUGGGCUACUGCGUAUGGAAGGCAGUCACCGCCAUGCGAAGCUCAUAGACCAUCCGGCUGA